AUGACUAUGGAUUUGUUGAUUGCCUUUAAUUAACUCGACACUGUCUAGUUAGAAUUCUUUCCGCAUUCUCUAAAUUCCAAUCCAAGUGCCAGUGUUGUGCAGCGCGCGAAAGGGAUCUGAACGAUAGCUCAUUCCUAUACUUCGGCCUGAUUGUGUCUCGUUCGAUUGGCCCAUGCAGAUGCCAGUCAAGCUUCUUCAAGCCUGCAUGGAUCCCGUUGCAGGCUAAACACAGCAGCAUGGGCAGCGCGCAUUCCAACCGGCUAAAUAUAUCUGAUAAGGCCACAGGAGGGGAAGGACAGGGCGACAGGGCUUAGCUUUGGACAUUUAGCCUUCGUGCGUAAAACGAGAAAUUGUCCUUCUGAAACGUUGUAAAGUGAGACCAAUCCAAAAUGCCUGCAAUUCCGAGUUCUAGGUCCAGGACGCGGGAUCGGAACAACGUCCUGAGCAGACCCGAGUUCAUGUCCCUGAAUCAGCCUCUCCGGUGCGUUAACUCUGAGACCCGUGGCACCGCAAGGCGACCGGCCCAACCCAAACACCAAGCAAGCCAACCGUGCGACCCGCAGGAACCUACCGACAGUGCCAACAAGGAUCGGAAAGAGCCCGCGAAACUGCCCGAUGAGGACUGUAUCCAACUGAACCCUUCCUUCAAAGGGAUAGCGAUGAGCUCCCUCCUCGCCAUUGACAUUUGUCUGUCCAAGCGCCUGGGGGUCUGCGCCUACACGUCGUCGUCUUGGGGCAGCGUUCGUUCCAUGAUCACCCUGCUCGCGCUUACAGGGCACGGCAUCACGUGGAUCUUUGGCACUAUCGUGUGUCUGACAAGGAGUAAUACGCUGGCCGGACAAGAGGUCUUGGUCAAUCUAUUACUUGCCCUCCUACUUGACAUCAUGACUGUGGCCGGUGUCCAGAAGCUGAUCAAACGCAAAGGACCCUGGGAGAUGACUCCGGGCUUCCUGGACUACUGUGCCAUGGACGUGUACUCCUUCCCGGCGGCCCACGCCAGUCGCGCCGCCAUGGUGUCCAAGUUCCUGCUUUCCCACCUGGUCCUGGCUGUUCCACUCCGCAUCCUGCUGGUGCUCUGGGCCUUCCUGGUGGGCAUGUCCCGGGUGUUGCUGGGUAGGCACCACCUGACCGACAUGGCGUGUGGCUUCGCCCUUGGCCUGCUGCACUUCAGCCUGGUGGAGACUGUGUGGCUGUCGUCCAGCGCCUGUCAGACCCUCAUCUCUAUAGGGACCCUCAGCUGGAGCCCUUUCUAUUGAGGGCUAUCUAUCAAGGCCCUCAACGCCUGUUUGAAGCUGUAAAGCCUGGCUUUAUGAAGCCAUAUAAGUAAGGCCAGGAGUUUUUCCUGACGAGAGUUUUUCCUGAUCAGGGCCUACUGUCUAAGGCUGCGUUAGACCUACAUAUAAGCUUUAUCUGUGAUGACAAUAACUUCUAUACACACAAUUAGGUCCUAUCUGGUUGACCUCAUUUACAGUAUUUGCAGUAAAUGUUAUUUGAGGGAGGUAAAUGUGCUCGUUUGGAGUCAUUUUGAUCAUUGAUGACUCAAAGAAAGAAAAUGUGAUAGUGUUGAUAUUUAUUAAUAUUUACAAAGACUUCUAUAAUGUCUCUACCACCUCUUCUCUUCCGCUGAACUAAUCAUAAUGCUUGAGAGCCCACACUGGCGUAUAUCUAAUGUUAUUGGUUCUCACUGCUGUCAGUUUCUUUCUUUUCUUUCUGCCUAUUCCACCACUCCUCACCUUCCUCUUUCUCUUCUGCAUCCUUUUCCUCUUUUCCCCCGUUCCUCUUUCCUCAUGUCUGUCAACCUUUACCCCUUUUGUCUUUUGAAAUGUUUUUAAUUGUACUUGAUCAAAAUAUUGCCCAGUACUUUGAAGUGAUGAAAUGGUUUUCUAAAGGUUUUGAAAUGUGUCCACACAUGAUUGGUCCAUUUGCAGAUUAAGAAAAGAGAUGUUAGAAAGCUCUUUGAUUUCCUUUCAAUUAUGUUGUUUGUAUGUUCCUGCUGGAAACUAUCAAUUGUUAAAACUACCAAUUGUUGAGAAGGACUGGACUCCAAAUGAAUAUAUUUUUGCUGUCAUUGAAUUGGGCUAUUAUGUAAAAUAAAUAGCAUCAUUGUUGUCUAGAUCAGGGAUUUUUCUACUGGGUUAAAUAUUUAUCUUAUCCAAAUAAGUUUCAAAAGUAGGUUUUGAUUAGUUUGAGGCUAGCAGUUUCAUCAUAGAUGUGUAUUUGUAUUCCAUAUUGUUUGCCUUCCCUGCAGCAAUAAGCAUUAACCAAACAGACACUGUCGGUUUGGUAAUGAUGCUGAUUUCAUGCCUCACUGACUGAACAACAUCUGUGAGAAGUCAUCUCCAUCAGGCCUGGGCUUACCAUUGACACUGUGUUUGUGUGUGUAUGGGUGUGUGUGUGACGUGGGUAUGUGCGGGUGAUUGUGUGUGUGUCUCUGUGUCUC